UUUCCUGGCCUAUAUGUGUUUUUAAACCUUGAAUCAUAUUCUGAAAAGAUCUAGCAAAUACGUAACACAUAACCAAAUCCUAAAACUGUUUGGAUUUGGCUUGGCCAAAACUAUACAUGUUCAUAUGAACAUUUGUAUGAUCGUUUCUCAAAGCCUUGGCCAAAUGAAAUCUUAGCCAAAUUUAAGACAUGAUCACUUGUUUAAAAAUUAAAAUAUGAUCAUAAAAUUACUCCUUGGCCGAAAUCUAUAAGAAUCCUAGAACCAUUCGGAUUUGGCCUGGCCGAAACUUAUGUUUGUCCAAAUGAACAAUCGCAUGAUCUUUAAAACCUUGGCCAAAUGUAGAAGCUUGGCCUAGGUUAAAUCUUGAUCAAAUGCAAAGUCUAAAUUCUCUUGGCCAACCUUAAAGACCUUGACCGAAGGCAAAAGCUUGGCCAAAGACAAACAUUAACCGAUUUUCCUUGGCCACAAAGGUGAAACCUUGGCCAAAUAGGAAAUCCCUUGGCCAAAUUAAAAUUUCUAUUGGCCAAAUAUGAAAUCUAGUCAAACUAAUAAAAUCAUUUUGGCCGAAUCCCCUUGGCCAAAAUUCCUUGGCCAAAGUCUUUUGAAUAAUCUAUCUUGGCCGAAUCUAUAUCUUAGCCAAACUUAAAAUCUUGGCCGGAUUUAAAAUCCUAUUAAUCUAUUCAGACUUAAUAUAUCUCUGGCUAUUUGUUGCACACCUUGAUUUAUUUAAUGCAUGAUGUUUUCAAAAUUAUUGUCUAAGGGAACAAAAUUUGAUAUUAAAUUACCUAAGUUUGGGAUUCAAUACGAGAUAAAUGAACAUUAAGUGUUAUUAUCUCGAGGGGGAGAAUCAGAGAAUCCUAAAAUUCCUAAAUAAGUUAAGCAUCCACGACAACAAUAGCCCAAAUAGAACUCGGCCAAAAUCAAAUCUGAAAUCGAAAUUGCACAACAGAAAGAUUAUAUGGAGAUUAAUGAUUGGCAAACCGGUCAUGCCAUUCCAGUUAAGUAUGCGGCAUUCUAUUGAAUGGUUUAAGAUAUGCUGCCCCUUUGAAUAAGGGAAUUGAUAAUAUGAGUCUUCACCAUGAUAUUUUGAGAAUAAGCAAGGAAUUUUGUGGGCUUGAUCACCCACGGAUGGACUGAUCAUCCAUCAUAUGUGACGACAUAUGGUUGUACAUAUCCUUGUCAAAAUCUGCAAUAAGUUUGCAAGAGUAAUUGGUGAUACUGGUGGAUUGAUGAAUCAUUAUAAGUUGCAGCAAAAUUUGUUCGCAUAAUGCCAAAGAACAAAUAGAGACUCUCCCAUGAAUUUGAUAAAGUAUCAAGAAUUAAUGUUCCCACAUAGAGAACUUAAAUAAGUUGCUCCACCACAAAGUUAUAAGAUGGGAUCUGAAAUUGAAUUAAGUGUAUACGUUGGAUAUAAAUCUCCAUAAGAAUACAUAAGGCCACGAGAGAUUUGAUUAAGGCUAAGCCAUGGAUUAGAUAAAUCCGUAUAUCCAACAUCAGGGAGAGAAAUAAUAAGCUGGUAAACAAUUUCGAGAAUGAAUAAUGAUCUUCAAAUAUGAAUAUAGAGUAAGAGUCCAAAGAAUGAAUCAUUCUCAGAACUUAAACAAGUCAAUUGCCAGACAUGUUUGAUGACCCAAACUGAAAUAUACCAGCGGGUUAUGCUCUAAUAAAAUUGAUAUUGGACUUAGUUAAGAUAAGACGGUUCCAUACAUGUAUUACUCGAAAAUAAGAAGAGCAUAAAAUUGAAAUGGCAGAUCCGAAAUUAAGGUUGUCCAAAGGAAACCUUAGACAUGACCAUGAAUAAAGAUCAGGUACCUGAAAAUAAUAUGAUCUAAAUGCAUUAUGUCAUAUCUGGAUUAUAAAUGGAACCGGUAAAAUAAUAAUAUCGAUGUCAUUGAUGAUAUAAUAUUUGAAUACAAAAGCGCUUGACAAAAGCGAGGAUCAUGAAACCAAUGUCUAUCAUAGAGUGCACUCAGAAAAAUUACUCAGAGAAAUUGAUUAAGCAAAUUGAUAAUGCUAUAAGGCGUGGUAUAUGAAAUCUCUUAAGAGAAGAGAUGUAGUCAAACCAGUUGGACAUAAGUAAGUCUUUGGUGAAAAAAUAUAAUAAGAAUGGCGAAAUUGCAUAAGGUUCUCACAAAGACCUGGAAUCAAUUAUAAAGGAGACAUACUCUUAUGUGGUGGAUGCAACGACAUUCUGAUUCCUUAUACGUCUAGCAAAUAAAAUACAUAUCUAUACGGUCCACUGGAUAACGAAAUUUAUGUGAAAGUUUCAGAGGGUAUCGAACUACCGAACACAUCAAGUUCUCGAGAACAAUAUUGAAUAUCUUUAUGUAAACGACUUGAAUAUCCUAAGAACCUCUGGAGAAAUUUUCCAAAGAUAGAACACAUCAAGAAAGAAUUCGAAUUAAACAUGAAAGGUUUUGGGAAAACAAGAUUAUAUAUUGGAUUAUACAUUGAGCACCUUGAAAACAAAAUCCUUAUGCAUCAAAUGACAUACAUAGAUAACGUGCUCAAGAAGUUUGAUAUGGACUAAGCUUACGAAUUGACAAGUCCCAUAAUUAUAAGGUUCCUCUGUUUUGAAAAGAUAAUUUCGGCCCUAAUGAAGAAAAUGAGGAGAUCUUUGGUCCCGAAAUGCCAUGUCUAAGUGCCAUAAAGUUUUGACGGAUUUGGCGAGCCAUACAAGGCUAGAUAAAUAAUUUACCGUAAUCUAUUAGCUAUAUAUAGCUCAUGAUCGACCCAAAGACACUAGAACGGGAUUAUACAUAUUUUGUUACAUACAAGGAACUAAAGACUUGGGUCCAUUUUAUACUAACCUACCCGAAGAAGGGUAAAUUAUUUUGGUGAUACAAGUUGUUUGUCCGUCCAAGUUCACUCAAGCGAGGAUUUGGUGGAUCUAAUUACUAAGGCGUUACUGACAUCCAAAGAUGUACUCAACAGGGGGAGUAAUACGUGUUGUACUCUUUUUUCUUCACCAUGGUUUUAUCCCAUUGGGUUUUCCUGGUAAGGUUUUAAUGAGGCAAUAUCCAAAGCGUAUUACAAACCACUUCGAAGAUGGUCUUCUAAGAGGAAGUGUUAUAAACCAAAGUAUGGUGGAAGCCCAUAUUCGAAGGUCCAUAUUCUUAUGUCUUUGUAUUUCCUAGUCCAUAUUGUAUUAGGGUUUCAUAAUUAUGUAAUUCCCUAUAUAAAUGGAUUCCUUAUUGUCUAAUAAAGAUAUAGACUUUCCCCUUACUUUCAUAACAAGAAUGAUAAACAUCUCAUACGUAUGUUUAAUAUAAGUUAAGACGGACUUCUUAAACUAGAAUAUUAUCAUCAUACAAAAUAUAUUAAGGGGGGGGAGGGGUGUUAUUAAAAAUUAGAUUAUAAUUAUUGUUAGAAAUUUCAAGUCUAGUAUUAUUGUUUAUAGAUUUUCACUUUCUAAUUAAAAUCUAGUAUUAUUAGAUUUAUGAUUUUAUAAUUGUUUUCCAAAUCUAUUGCUAUUAAAAAAGUUUAGGUUUUAAUGAUUCUACAAAUCACUUAAAUUUAGAACUAUUAAGAAUUGUAUUUUUAACCAUUAACUCAAAAAUUAAUAUUUUGAAAUUAAUACAUAUAUAUCCUUUCGAUUGUUAAAGCCAUUAUAGUAUUUUUAGAUUUUUGCAAUAUAGUGAUUAAAAAAAAGAUUUUUGCAAUAUACUAAAUUUUCUCGAACUCUUUCCAAAUUUUACAAAUAUUUCAACUUUUAAAACCAACAAACUCUUUGUAGAUCAACUCCCACUAACACUUCCUAAAUUCCAAAAUAACUAAAUUGAUUUCAUUUUCCAUUUCAUUGAAAUGUGAUGUAUCCAUGUUUGUUAUCUCUUACCAAAAUAACACUUUGCAGUAUUUUCUACAUACUUAGACAAGCUUAAUCCAAAAUGAAAGACUGGAUUUUUAUAAUUUUAAUUAAAAGGUGUAUAGUAUUCUCUUUAUGAAACAAAUUUAAUUCCGAAGAUAUUAUUAGUUCAUAUAUGGUGUGGUAUUAAAACCAUAAAUAUUGAAAGAUAGUGAUAGUCUAUUAUUAUGUAUAAUAAAUAAUAUUAGAUUUUAUUUUGAUUUUUCUUCUUACAAAUUAUGACUACUAAACUAUUGAAGAGAUUAUAAUAAAUAUAUAAAGGGGCCAAAGAAGACCAAAAACAAAAUAAAAACAAGCACCAAAAUCAGAAAAGACCCCAAUCCCUCUAUCUCUCUCUCUUUCUGCCUCCCUCUCUCUUGUUUCUAUGGGAACGCAACUCCCAAACGCAGACACUGAAUCCCUCCAGCGGUUACUGAAUUUGAGCCUCGGAGUUAACGACAACAACACAGAAAACGUCAACUCAUCACAACCAGCAAACUCCAUUGGUACAGACCAGCCUUUGGGCAUCGAAUUCGUGGAGAAGAUCUUGAACUACGAGUUCAAAGAUAAGAACUUGCUGCUGCAAGCGUUCACUGAUGCUAGUUUUGAUGAAAACUGUGUUUCUUACGAACGCUUAGAAUUCUUAGGAGACACGGUCUUAAACAUGAUUGUAACCAAAUAUUUAUAUUUUCGCUACGAGGAUGCUACACCUGGUUCAUUGACCAGACUCCGUGCGUUCAACGUUGAUAGAGAGAAACUUGCCCGAGUCGCCGUAAAAUAUAAUCUGCAUCGUUACCUCCGUCAUAAGAAACCCUUGCUUGACGACCAAAUAUUGAAAUUUGCAAAAGAUAUAGAAAAAUAUCCACUACAUUCGCGUCAUCUCCUGGAAACUCCUAAAACCCUAGCUGAUAUAGUAGAGUCUACCAUUGGAGCUCUCUACACCGACUGCGACUGCUUCGAGACCGUGUGUAAGGUGGUAAAACCAUUGUUGGAGCCAAUAAUACCAUUAGAUAAACUGGAGAACCAUCCAGUGACAGAGCUCAAUGAGAUGUGUCAGAAGAAGAACUUGAAACUGAAGUUCGAUGACAAUACUUGGGAAGUUGAUAAAACUUUUCGUGUCUUUAUUGAGGACCAUUUGGUUGGACAUGGACACCAUCUUGUCAAGAAAGACAUUGCUAAAAAUUGUGCUGCACAAAAUGCUCUGGACGAAUUUUCCCAUACCUUUCCACAGAUUUAAUAUCAUAUUUAUAUAUAAAUUUGUUUGAAACCUCAGUUUUCUGCAAAAGAUUAUUUUUCAUUU